AUGACGCGGGAUGCUGCGGGACCGAGCUCAUCCUCAAUGACCCCGAGCUUUCUUGAGUUUAUCCUGAUUGUAUCAGUGAUGCUGCUCGUCCCGGUUCAGCCAGUAUCCGCUCAUCCUCAAUGCCUGGACUUUGAGCCACCUUUUAAACCUCUGUGGCAUCUGGAGUUUUGUAAGCAGUACGAGACUUUUGGCUGCUGCGACCAGAAAACCGACAACCAGAUUGCAGAGAGAUACUGGGACAUUAUUGAUCAUUUGGACAUAGCGGAUUAUGAGCUUUGUGCAGAUAUGUUGAAAGAAGUCAUGUGUCAGGAGUGCUCUCCGUAUGCCGCCCACCUCUUUGAUGCUGAGGACCCGUACACACCUGUCCGAGAGCUACCUGGCCUUUGCUUUGGCUUCUGCUCUGAGUUUCACGGUAAAUGUCGCCAUGUGGUUAAAUAUUUAACUGAGAACCAGCUGCUGCAGAACACCUGUGAGCGAGACAUGUUAACAUUCUGCCACAUGGUCGACCUGUCCGACCAAGACUACUGCUACCCCAAUGUGCUGAAGACCCCCGACCUCACAGGCAACUUGGGGCAGGUGGUGGAGGACCCCAGAGGGUGUCUCCAGCUGUGCCUGACUGAAGUGGCCAACAAUCUCAGGAACCCUGUGUUGAUGCUGCACAGCAAUGACGACACGCACAGGAUGUUCAUCGCAGAGCAGGUGGGCUUCGUGUGGGUUUACCUGCACGAUGGAAGCCGGCUGGAGCAGCCCUUCCUGGACCUGACCGGGGAGGUGCUCACCACACCUUGGCUAGGGGAUGAGAGGGGCUUCCUGGGCAUGGCCUUCCACCCAAAGUACCAAGACAACGGACGCUUCUUCAUCUACUACUCCAUCCAGGUCAACAGUGGGCCGGACAAUAUCAGAGUCAGUGAGAUGAAGGUGUCUGCCUACGACAUGAAUAUGGCUGAUCCUUACUCCGAGAGGGUCAUUAUAGAGAUUGAGGAACCUGCUGCAAACCACAAUGGAGGCCAGCUGCUGUUUGGUCUGGAUGGAUAUUUGUACAUCUUCACUGGAGACGGUGGGAAAGCAGGAGAUCCGUUUGGGAAGUACGGCAAUGCACAAAACAAGAGUGCUCUCUUGGGAAAAGUCCUCCGCAUCGAUGUGGAUGGAAGUGACUCCGAUGGGAGGCAGUACAGGAUCCCCCCUGAUAAUCCAUUCCUUGGGGCCCCAGACGCCCGACCAGAGGUGUUUGCAUACGGCGUCAGAAACAUGUGGCGAUGCUCUGUGGAUCGAGGAGACCCGGUCAGUCGCUACGGCAGAGGUCGGAUAUUCUGCGGUGAUGUUGGUCAAAACCGCUACGAGGAGAUUGACAUCAUCGUGAAGGGAGGAAACUAUGGAUGGAGAGCCAAAGAGGGAUUUGAGUGCUAUGAUAUGAAACUGUGCCACAACUCAUCCUUGAAUGACAUCCUCCCUAUAUUUGCAUACAGCCACCAUGUUGGGAAGUCUGUGACAGGGGGAUAUGUGUACAGAGGAUGUGAAUCACCCAAUCUCAACGGCUUGUACAUUUUUGGCGACUUUAUGAGUGGGCGAAUCAUGGCUUUGGAGGAAGAUAAGACAACAGGAAACUGGAAAGAGAGGAGUGUGUGUAUGGGAGAAAUAAAGACGUGUUCUUUUCCUGGGCUCAUCAAUCAUCACCACAAGUUUAUCAUCUCAUUCGCUGAAGACGAAGCAGGCGAACUGUACUUUCUGGCUACCGCGUAUCCAAGUACUGAGUCACCUUUUGGAACCGUUUUCAAAUUCAUGGACCCAUCCAGGAGAGCUCCUCCGGGGAAAUGUAAGCAGAAGCUGCUGCCAGUUAAAGUGAGGGGGAAAAAGUUUCCUUUUGUGCCAAAGGAAUUGACCGUGCUGGACACAAAUGAAAAACCUACGAGACCACCACCAAGAAAAUUCAAACUCACCACCAAACCACCUGUGACGAGCAGCCAGGUCAAAACAACGACUGCAGACAGCACAACGACUGCAGACAGCACAACGACUGCAGCCAGCGCAACGACUGCAGACAGCGCAACGACUGCAGACAGCGCAACGACUGCAGAUAGCGCAACGACUGCAGCCAGCGCAACGACUGCAGAUAGCGCAACGACUGCAGCCAGCGCAACGACUGCAGAUAGCGCAACGACUGCAGACAGCGCAACGACUGCAGCCAGCGCAACGACUGCAGAUAGCGCAACGACUGCAGACAGCGCAACGACUGCAGCCAGCGCAACGACUGCAGCCAGCGCAACGACUGCAGCCAGCGCAACGACUGCAGACAGCACAACGACUGCAGACAGCACAACGAUGACGAGCACUGCUUUGAAACUGAAGUGGAAAUCAUUAGAUAAGAAAGCGAGGAAGAAAAAUAAGUUAAAACCACGGAAGAAAAGCAAAGUGCUGAACGAGCAGACGGCUGACACUCAAAUGGAGGACAACACUUUGAGACGGAAAUCCAAGAAACGAGGAGGGGGAAAAGAAAGAAGAAGAAAGAAGACAAGUGUGAUAAAGCCUGACAGCAACCAAGUAAACCUGAACUCCAAUCACACGGGCAUAGCUAGUUUAAAAGUUAACGCUUUAGAAACUCCCAUGAACCUGAAAGACAACACGGACCACACAAAGAAGAAGAUUCAUCGGAGGAAAGGUGCACGGAAGCAGACCAAACAUGAGAAGGACAGCAUAAUGUCCAAAGAACCUGCAAAUGACAAUAAUGCUUUCAUGAAUAAAACCAUUACAGACUGGACGAAAAGCAGCAAAACAAUGAGAAACCAACCUCAGGUAAAAAGCAACCCAGGAGGCACUGACAAAGGACUUUGA